AUGCAGCUGGGCGAAGUCCUGUGGAACAGUGGGCAGACCCAGCUGCACGCGGGACUGGUGUGUCCUGUGCGCCGUCACCAAGCUCUCCCUGUUGUGACUCGCAAGAAAGAGGUCGACGGACGGGAACGAGAGCCCACCCGGCGCACCGAACCUCUCAAUCUUGCACUUGAGCGCCCCCUGCGAGAUGGCGUUGCCCCCCGGACGAGCUUCAGGCCGAGCGUGAACCCUCCCCUGCGGCGUGCUUCAGAUGCGGGCCAGCUCCAUCCCCACCAGGAAAUUGCCCUUCUGGUAAUGCUGGGACUCGGCGUCGAUGAUGACGCGGGCAUUCUUGUUCCUCGCCCCGCGGCAAAUCUCGUGAAGUACGUCCAUCAUCGCUUUUGGUGGAAGCCGUCCUGCGGUCAACGCAUCGCAGACGAGAGGACCAGCUCCAGUCAGCCUGUCCCUGGGUUAAUUUCCGGCCAUCUCAAAGCGGGAGUUCCUUGCUUACUUGAGAGCGAGCUGAUCGCCUUCACCCAGCAGGUCGACUGUCUCGAGUGUUCCUUCGGCCCAGGGCCCGAUGUAUUCGCAUUCGCCCCUGUUUGUUUCAGUUGCCGCCCGUUGCCGAUGGACUUUGUUGGUUACUUGAUCGAAAGAGGUCUCUUUGGCGUAUGUGAGAAUCGUCCCGCGAAAUCCAAAGUCUCUCGUCUGUCGAAGGGUCCUCCUCGCCUCGGACGCCGUCUCUCCGGCGCACAAUUGCUUAUAGAAGGUAUUCUUCCGAACGAAAUGCACGCCAGUGAAGCGUGGAGAAGAUGGGGCUUGGAUGAGAUGGCGGCGAGGAACCAAGAUCUCAGGAGGACGGUGUUGGGGAGUACGGAAAGUGGCGCUUUCGCUUUUGCCGGCUCUGGGGACCUUUCUCCCGUCUGCGCUGGUUUUCCAGCGAGGCUGUUAAGCUUCUCGAAUAUUUAUCUGACAAACAAGAUCGCCAAUGGCCUUCGUUCCGGUCCCAUCCACACAUACCUGCCGCUGGCCCAAGCCAAACCCAACUUCAAGCUCGAGCUCAACACCAAGGUCAUCCGUGCCAUCCGCAACAACUCUACCAUCACUGGUGUUGAAGUUGAGAAUGCGCAGGGCCGUCAGAUCAUCAACCUGAAGGCUGGAGGUGCCGUCAUUCUCGCCGCUGGUGUCAUGUCCACCCCUCGUGUCCUGUUCAACUCUGGUAUUGGCCCCACUGCGCAGAUCAACACAGUCAAGUCUGGCACAACGGGUAUCACGCUCCCAGAGGAGAGCGCGUGGAUCAACUUGCCAGUCGGCCUUGACGUCAAGGACCAUUCUCGCUACGAGAUAACCUUCAAUGUCACCGGUGGCCUGACGACUUACAGCAGCGCCCAGCUGGCUAACCCUACGGAGGAGGACAAGGCCUUGUUCAACGCGGGCUCUGGUUCGCACGUCAACUCGCAAAGCAACGACACCGCUCGGUUCAUGAUGCUUAUGAGCCACGGCCUCACCUCUCGCGGCGAUCUCGCGAUCAACGCUGCCGGCAACACCCUCAUCACAAAGGCGCCCUGGACGAACACCGACACGGAUCGCGAGGCCUGGUCCAUCGCCAUUAACGAGCUAUUCGACCUGUCGCGCCAGCCCAACAGCCCUAUCUCCUUCUCGGGCGGAAAGAAUGCCACAGCGCAGGUCGUGCUCGACACGCCCGUCCAGUCAGGUAUUCACAUGGAGGGAAGCGCCAAGAUGGGCACCGACGACGGUCGCGAGGGCGGCAGCGCCGUGGUUGACCUCAAUACGAAAUUCUACGGUACCGACAACCUGUUUGUCGUCGAUGCUUCGUUCCACCCUGACCUGUCUACGGGUAACACCCAGGCCAUCGUUAUGGUUGCGGCGGAGCAUGCCGUCAAGAAGAUCAUCACGCUUCGCGAGGGAGGAAGUUCUGGCUGCCGCAGGAGGCCGCGCGUUGUGCGCAACUGA